CAUACAAAUUCUACAAAACAGAAUAAGGCAAACAAAAGGCAAAAAGCGAGUAUAAAGAAAAUUUCAUCAAUACUCAUACGGAUUGAACAAAAGCUUUGCUGUCACUUUAAAAAAUCGCAGCAGCCGGGCAAGAAAAGCGAUUCGAGGUUGACUCCAACGAUUAGUAGAGAGCACCAUGGUCACCCCACAAUCACCAACACCAAUGUUCAAUGGGCUGGAUGACGACUUGUAUAAUGAUGCGAAAUAUGCGCAUGAAAUCAACGAUAAAAUGCGUGUCCCGAAACGCAUCAAGGCCACUGGGGAGUUCUCGGACGAGGAUCUGUUGCUAUCGAAUCAGAAUGGUUUGAUCAGUUCGUGGAACUAUAAUGACAAGAUCGAUAUGAAUGUGCCCGAUCGGAUUGUUGUCCUCGGACACAAUCAGCAUCUGGAGACACGUUCGGCGCCGCGUGAAAUCCAAUUGGAGAACUCCAUAUUGCCAAAGAAUCCAUCGUUGGGUUUCUUGCGCGUACAGACACCGCCGCGUGUCAUCACAUUGACGGAUCAUCAUUUUCCAUCGGCAUCCGAGGAGAGUUCACCACACAAACACAAUAAUGGCAAUCUCUAUGCACAUCCCGAUCUCGAUGGGGAUGACAACGAUGACGACGAUGAGCAUCGUGCCACGCAAUAUGUGCGCUCCAAUGGCAACAUUCGCAUGGGUUUCCACAACAGCAACGAUGCCAAUUCCAUCGAAUCGGAUUCACAGCUUACCACGGGCAGCGCGAGCAAACGCUCGCAGCUGUUGCAGCAGCAGCAGCAUCUGCAGAACAAUCUGGAUGCCUCGAUGCUGGCCCAGCGUGAGGGCACGCCCAUGGGCGAGUUGACGCCCCACGAGGAGAUCCUCUAUCUGCGCCGCCAGCUGGCCAAACUGAAUCGUCGCGUCCUCAACAUUGAGAUCAACAACGAGCAGCGAAUGCAGCGGGAGAAGAUCGUCUACUGCCUUGGACUGGCCUACUUUGUGCUGAAGACCAUCUUUUGGCUGAAUCGCAACUAAACACAGAUCAGGACUUCAACUUGAUGGUGCUUCAUUUCUUCGUUUGUUUCCUGUUUGCUGCACACACACACACACACAGCCAGCCACUCACCUACACAAGCAUGCAACGCAUGUUCUUUUUUUUCAUCUUUUAUAAAUGGCUCUGAGAGACUUUCGUUUUUUGCCAUAUUCGUUUUAAGUUAUGUAAUUAAUUAAGCACAACUAUGAAUUGUUUGUCCAUCGUGGAAACCAAAAAAAAAAAGAACAAAAUCAAAAGCAAACAGUUUUAAUAUUUGUAAUGUUCUAUUACUUGUAAGCAGCCCAUGUAUUUAUUUUUGUGGUCUGUCUAAAAACAACAAUCACCCACCCAAAACUGUCCAAAAUGUGAACUUGAACUUUUUGUUUUUUUGUUGUUGUUCGUGUGUGUGUGUGUGUGUGAUUAAUUUCGGAACCAAUCCAAAGCACGGCACUGAAAUAUUAAUUUAUAUAUAUUAAUGUGGUUAAACUAUGACUUAAUCUAAUGGCGCAUUCAUUUUUAUAUCGCACUUCAAAGUUGAUCUGAAUUCUCGUGUGCUUUUGUUGAACGUUAGUUUUUAGCCUAAACAUUGUUAACCAUAAUCCCAUGGUUAGUGAUCCACUAUGGAUCCCGAACCAACAACGUGAAAUAUAAACUAAAUCGGUAUUUCUAUACAUGAGUCCCAUACGACAAAUAGAUAAUGCUAAUUACAUACAUAGUCCCAUACAUAAUAAUAUAACUGAUGAAGAUUUUGAAUCGAUAUGUUUGAAUGUAAAACAGCAGCAGAUGAAAUCAUUUAGUUUUAGUGAUGAUCGAUUAUUGAAUUAAUUAUGAUAUUUAAAACAAUAAAUAAGAAAAACUU